AUGAUAAAACUGGUGCCCCUCUUCAGGAGAACUGAUCUCAAUUUAUUAUUAUGCAACCACAAGGAUCUCCUCUUUCUCAGGGUGUAUAAGCUGCUGGAUUGCUUUUCGCCCAAAUCAAUGUGGUUUCUUUGGAACAUUUUCAGCAAAGGAUCGCAUAUGCUGCAGUGUCUUUGUGGCAAGAGUCUUAAGAAAAACAAGAACCCAACUGAUCCCCAGCUCAAGGGUAUAGUGACCAGGUUAUAUUGCAGGCAAGGCUACUACUUGCAAAUGCACCCCGAUGGAAGUCUCGAUGGAACCAAGGAUGACAGCAGUAAUUCUACUUUAUUCAACCUUAUACCAGUGGGGCUUCGAGUUGUCGCUAUCCAGGGUGUAAAGACUGGGUUGUAUAUAGCCCUAAAUGGAGAAGGUUUCCUCUACACAUCAGAACUUUUUACACCAGAGUGCAAAUUCAAGGAGUCUGUUUUUGAAAAUUAUUAUGUAAUCUACUCAUCCAUGCUCUACAGACAACAGGAGUCCGGGAGGGCCUGGUUCUUGGGGCUGAACAAAGAAGGGCAGGUCAUGAAAGGAAACAGAGUGAAGAAAACAAAACCAGCAGCUCAUUUUCUACCCAAGCCAUUGGAAGUUGCCAUGUAUCGGGAACCAUCUUUGCAUGAUAUUGGAGAAACGGUGCCAAAGGCUGGGGUAACUCCAAGUAAAAGCACAAGUGCAUCUGCAAUAAUGAAUGGCGGCAAACCAGUGAACAAGAGCAAGACGACAUAG